CGAUAAAAGAGAAAAAUAAUAAUAAUUGUGCCAAUAGAGAGAAAGAGAGAGACAGAAGAAGAAAGAAAGGUUCCUUUGUCUCGGAACAACCAAAGAGCCACCACCCAAAAAAAAAAAGGUUCUUAGCUUUUUUUCUUUCUUUCACACGAAAUCUCACGAGACGCCUUAUUUCUUCUUCUCUGUCUCUUUCCGACGGCGUAACUCUCCGGUGGAAUCUCAGCUCUCUUAUCAGUAGAAGAAGUUUUGGUCUUUAAAUGUAAUUUUUUUGGUUUUGCUUUAAAUUUCAAUCGUUGUUAUCAGAAAAAGUAGGUAGCAAAAAAAGAGAUUUUUUACGAAAAGCAGAUUGACUGGUAGCUGAAACAACGGAGGAGAAUUAUAGAAACGAGUAAAAAACAAAACCCUAAAGGUUGAAACUUGGUUGACGAAAAAAAUGAGCUGAUUUUUUUUUCUUCAUUUAUUUCAUUCUUAACUCUUUUUCACAUAUUUAAGAAUCAGUAAGAAACAAAAAAAAACAGAGUGAGACUAAAAAAAAAGAUGCCGGUAGAUUUAGAUAACUCCUCCACAGUUUCCGGUGAAGCAAGUGUUUCAAUCUCAUCCACCGGAAACCAAAACCCACUUCCAAACUCCACCGGAAAGAAGAAACGUAACCUCCCUGGCAUGCCUGAUCCAGAGUCAGAAGUUAUAGCUUUAUCACCAAAAACAUUACUAGCAACAAACAGAUUUGUUUGUGAAAUCUGUAACAAAGGGUUUCAAAGAGACCAGAAUCUUCAACUUCAUCGUCGUGGACACAAUUUACCAUGGAAGCUUCGUCAGAAAUCAAACAAAGAAGUGAAGAAAAAAGUCUAUGUUUGUCCUGAAGUUAGUUGUGUUCAUCACGACCCUUCACGUGCUUUAGGAGAUCUAACUGGAAUCAAGAAACACUUUUGUCGGAAACAUGGUGAGAAGAAGUGGAAAUGUGAUAAAUGUUCUAAGAAAUACGCUGUUCAAUCUGAUUGGAAAGCUCAUUCCAAGAUUUGUGGUACUAAAGAGUAUAAAUGUGAUUGUGGUACUCUGUUUUCUAGGAGGGAUAGUUUUAUAACGCAUAGAGCUUUUUGUGAUGCUUUGGCUGAAGAAAAUGCGAGAAGUCAUCAUAGUCAGAGUAAGAAACAGAAUCCUGAAAUUUUGACCCGGAAAAACCCGGUACCCAACCCGGUUCCUGCUCCGGUGGAUACUGAGUCUGCUAAAAUCAAAUCCUCCUCGACUUUAACAAUUAAGCAAUCAGAAUCUCCAAAAACCCCUCCUGAAAUCGUUCAAGAAGCUCCAAAACCGACCAGUUUAAAUGUUGUUACAAGCAACGGUGUUUUCGCAGGCUUAUUCGAAUCUUCCUCGGCUUCUCCAAGUAUAUACACAACAUCGUCUUCUUCGAAGAGUCUUUUCGCGUCAUCUUCGUCCAUUGAACCUAUCUCUUUGGGUCUUUCAACAAGUCAUGGAUCAUCCUUUCUUGGGUCAAACCGGUUCCACGCUCAGCCCGCGAUGUCAGCAACCGCUUUACUUCAAAAAGCAGCUCAAAUGGGAGCAGCUUCUUCAGGAGGUUCAUUGCUUCACGGGUUAGGGAUAGUUUCAUCCACUUCAACUUCUAUAGACGCAAUAGUCCCUCAUGGACUAGGAUUAGGACUGCCUUGUGGUGGCGAAAGCAGCUCGGGUUUAAAAGAGCUUAUGAUGGGGAAUUCAUCGGUGUUUGGUCCGAAACAAACGACAUUAGACUUCCUCGGUUUAGGUAGAGCGGUUGGUAACGGAAAUGGUCCAAGUAACGGACUAUCUACUCUAGUCGGAGGAGGAACCGGCAUCGAUAUGGCAACAACAUUUGGAUCAGGAGAGUUUUCAGGGAAAGACAUUAGUAGAAGAAAAUCAUAAGUAGAGUAAAUGAAUGUGUUUGAGAGGGUUUUAGAUGUUCUUGUUCAAUAGGUUAGUGUGAGAAUUUGAAAACUUCCCUUUGAAAGAAAGGGUUCACUAUUUAAUAUAUAUGCAAUUAGUUAAUUAUUCUGAUUUACCUAAUUUCGAUUUCUUAAACGCAAAGAAAUCUUUAGUGACGAGUGAUGAUGAUUUACUCUUCUUAUCUAAUAAAUUCCUUCACAAAU